AUGUCUUCUGCUAAGGAACUGUUCGCGACCAUCAACGAGGGUCUCUCUGACGAGGCAGUCAGGAAGCCAGCAAUCAAGAAGACCAAUGCCAUCUUCUCCUUCGACUUCAAGUCCGGCGGCAAGUACUACAUCGACCUUAAGGAGACUGGCAAGGCUGGUGAGGGUGCUGCACCCGCUGGCAAGAAGGCAGAUAUCACCAUGACCAUGGAUGAGAAGACCUUCUUGGACUUGGCUUCCGGCAAGGGUAACGCUCAGAAGCUCUUCAUGCAGGGCAAGAUCAAGAUCAAGGGAAACAUGAUGAAGGCGACUGCUCUCGGCGAUGUCCUCAAAACCGCCCAAGCACCCAAGGCAAAGAUCUAA